UUUGAGUUCUAGAAAAUGAGGCGGGUGUAAUCGUCUCUGGGUUUGGUAUGAAACAACUGAAGUAACUAAAAAAGUGCAUUAGCUGCAAACUCCAGGAAAUACAAUUAUAACAGUCAUCGCUGACACCGCUUACCCGAUCUCGAAUCCAUAUUUCUCCAAGGUUUAUGCAAGGAGGUAUCAACUUGAAAGUGUACAACAGUUGUAGGUCGUUUGCCCUAUUCUGCCAGCUGGUGGUUUUGUUUUGUGCAGUAGGUGAGUAAAAAAUGAGUCUGCAUGAAAUAAGUGAGAAUGUGAAGCUUGCCCGUGAGUACGCCUUGCUGGGGAACUACAAUUCUGCUAGUGUUUGUUAUCAAGGAGUACUUGAACAGAUAAAGUACGUGUUCAGUGUUCGCGACAGCAGCUUUCAACAGAGAUGGCAACAGGUAUGGCAAGAGAUAAAUGAAGAAAAUAAACAUGUUCAAGAAAUAAUGAGCACACUAGAGAGUUUUCAACUAGACACAGCUCCAUCCAAACCAAUCGCUGUUAGUCAUGACGGUGAUAUAUGGCCAGUGCCUGUGGAGCGGAGAGCCUCUCCUUGCCCAGUCCGGAGGCCUCAGAUGCCCUACAAAGACGGCAAACCGCACAACAACCGCCUGAGUGUUGGUGUUCGGGCUCAGAGGCAGUCGCCACGUGGGCCCAACGGGGACAAGGGCAAACCACCGAAGGCCAAGGAGAAGAAAGAGAUCCCAGGCAAACCCAAAGGAGACAACAAGAACAAAGCUGAUGUUGCAGACAAAGAAGUGAGGAAGUUUGAUGGGACAGGAAACGACAAAGACCUGGUUGAGGCCCUGGAAAGAGACAUCAUAUCCCAAAAUCCCAGUGUCAAAUGGGAUGAUAUUGCAGACUUGGAAGAAGCAAAGAAACUUCUGAAAGAGGCUGUGGUACUUCCAAUGUGGAUGCCAGAGUUUUUCAAAGGAAUAAGACGGCCGUGGAAGGGGGUGUUGAUGGUGGGACCACCAGGCACGGGGAAGACUCUGCUUGCCAAAGCUGUGGCCACAGAAUGCAGAACCACAUUCUUCAAUGUCUCCUCUUCCACACUCACUUCCAAAUACAGAGGGGAGUCUGAAAAACUGGUCCGCCUACUAUUUGAAAUGGCUCGGUUCUACGCCCCCACCACCAUCUUCAUUGAUGAGAUCGACUCCAUGUGCAGCCGCCGCGGCACUUCAGAGGAGCACGAGGCCAGUCGGAGAGUGAAAGCAGAGCUACUUGUCCAGAUGGAUGGUGUCGGCGGUGCGUCAGAGAACGACGACCCCUCUAAGAUGGUGAUGGUCCUGGCUGCCACCAACUUCCCCUGGGACAUCGACGAGGCUCUGAGGAGACGCCUGGAGAAGAGGAUCUAUAUCCCCCUGCCCUCAGCCAAGGGCCGAGUGGAGCUGCUGGCCAUUAACCUGAAGGAGUUAGAACUGGCUAACAACGUGGACAUGUAUAAGAUAGGAGAGAAGAUGGAGGGCUACUCAGGGGCCGACAUCACCAACGUCUGCAGGGACGCCUCUCUGAUGGCCAUGAGGAGGAGAAUCGAGGGUCUGACACCGGAGGAGAUCCGGAACAUUUCACGAGAUGAGAUGCACAUGCCGACCACGAUGGAGGACUUUGAGUCCUCCCUGAAGAAAGUGUCCAAGUCUGUGUCCGCUGCUGACCUGGAGAAGUAUGAGAAGUGGAUCGAAGAGUUUGGCUCCUGUUGAGCCUGGGUUGUGUCUCAUGUGCUCAGUAGCGGGGCCGACUUGCUCUGACAACAAUCAAGUAAACACUGGUGUCUUCCUCUUGCCAUGUUAAUGGAUAUGUUGGGUGAUGUUAAAUGCCUCUAGCCAAGGAGGCAACCAAGUGCACUCAAGAAACAUCUCCUGGCCUUAUUUUUACUCAGCCUGGCCUGUGUCAAGUACAUUCCAAUGGAUUCCCUAGUUCAUACAUAAGUAUAGCUUGAGAAUGGGUUCUAUUGAUGGGAGAGGCAGUGACAUAGUAAGAGUUCUCAGGUCUGCUGCCUGAACCAGUCAUUUACGCUGCAAUUCUAUUCAACCCUUUUGCCACCAAAGUCCCUUUCACUUUUAUAGAUUGUGUUAUGCUUUUGGAUGAGUUUGUGUCAAUGUUACACUACCUAAUGUGUGUGUGUCUGUGUGUGUGUGUGAACUUGAAUUAAAUGAAGUGUGGAUUCCUUUCCA